AUGCUGCAGCCAAAGCCCCAUCUUCUCCUCGCGCUCCGCUACCCCUUAGUUACCCUGCGCCCCCUCCAAGACCACAAGGCGUGUGCCCGUACCACCCCAAAUCCCCAUGAGGCUGGGCCCUGCCUGGACGCUAGAAGACCCAGCCUUACCAGCCGCAGCCUUCUCAGUGGUCGGGGGUCUGCUGCACAGCGGGAAGAGGGUGGCGGGCGGCAGCCAACGAGACGGUUAUGUUUUCUAGCCUUACGGCCUGACCCCUUGGAAGCGCAUCGCCAUUCGAUACGGUGCGCACACCUGCCCUUCUACUUCUUCACCUGUGCGACCAUCCCCGAUCAUGUAAGUGCGGCAGGUCUCGGUGAUCGUCUCCUGAAAUGUGGCAGCCCGGGGCGCCGGGCACACCCGACCCUGGCCGCGAGCUACGGCUUCGCUGACGCGGCGCCCUUCGAAGACGUGGUCGGCGUCCUGCUGCGGGCCGGGGCGGCGGGCCCGGCGGCCUGCUGCGGCACUCUCGCACCGCCCGCCAGGAGCGACACGGCCGGCAUGAUCUGGCACGGCAAGGCGGUGCCACCUCUCAGCUUGUCGUGGUCGGAGCUGGGGAGGGGCACUGCUUGGAACGUGUUCCUUGAUUUGACAUGCCUGGGCAACACGGACUACCAGUCGGAUGGCCGGCGGAGCAGCAUGAGCGCGUCCAUGAUAGCCUUGUCAAAACGACUAGCUUGGUUAAGGCGUUGA